CCGAACGCGUCAGUUUGUGACGGUGAGAUUGCAUCGUUCUAACCCUAGCCCAGGGUUAGAACGUUAAGACUUCUGGUCCAGCCUGUCAACAUUCUCACUACCGGCAGAACCGAUGUCUUGGAACUCGCCGUGGCUCGCAGCGACGGGCAUUCUUCUGGUCGUGGGUUACACUUUCUUUCUCAGGAGGCGAACAACUCCUGUUGCUCUAUACUUCUGCGAGCAUGAUGUCGUCGGAAACAAUGCGCCCCAUUUUAACCUCGGCGAUUUCGUAAAGCAGAAGGUUCCAGUGCUUGCUGCUGACUUUAAGCCGGUCUGGUGGCUGCCUGAAGGAAACUGUCAGACUAUAUAUACUUCGUUGGCAGACUUCACACACGUUGAUCACGUUGUCUAUGAACGCAAACUGCUUCGCGUUGCAGAUGGAGGCGUCAUUGCAGUAGACAUAUCGCCGCCUCUACACUCGCAUCCAAUUCAGCCAAACGAGGCUAUUGUUGUCAUCGCACAUGGUCUAACAGGCGGCUCUCAUGAACACUACGUCCGAGCUGCAGUCAAGGGCCUUACCGCACCGACGUCUGAAGGCGGCUUGGCUGCACGGGCGAUAGUCGCCAACUUCAGAGGAUGUAAUGAUAGCCCUGUCGUUACACCCAAAUUAUACCAUGCUGGUUCAUCAGACGAUAUCCGACCCAUUGUUCUCUGGGUCUCAUAUACAUUCCCUCAAUGUACUAUCUUUGGCCUCGGUUUCUCUCUAGGCGCAAACAUAUUCACCAAGUAUGUUGGCGAAGAGAGCGAUAGGUGCCCACUGAGUGGGCUGGUUUCGUUAGCAAACCCCUGGGACUUCUACGAAGGCGGGAAAUUUAACGAGAGCGGGUCAUUCGCUAACCGCUUCGUCUAUCGGUUCGUUCUUGGCGGCGCCAUGCGAUCACUCUAUCAUCGUAACCGAAAUGCCUUCCUUACCUCGUCGUCUUCACUCCUCCCUAAUAGCUUAUUGGAAAAGCUCUUCUCCAUGCCUAAGCUCUCUUUAGUAGAGUUCGACAAUCUAAUCACCACGAGGAUGUUUGGUUUCGAUGAUGCUUGGGAUUAUUAUACUCAAGUUAGCUCGUGCAAGGUUCUGAAUAAGAUUAGGAUCCCUGUUUUUGGGAUUAACGCGUUGGAUGAUCCGAUUUUGGGGACAGUGGGAUUACCCUAUGAAGAGGCGAGGAGGAAUCCCUGGCUCGUAUUGGCUACCACGAAGCAUGGGGGUCAUAUGGGCUGGUUCGAACGUGCUUCUAGUGGUGGGUUAGCUAGGUGGUAUGUUAAGCCUAUGACUCAAUUUUUCCAAGCACUUCUUGAGUGCGAUCUGCCUCCCCGACCUAGACCAGUUAUCCGUCAGAGUCAUAGUGGUCUAUUCCAAGAGGAAGGUAGACCCGAAGUCGCCUUUGCCGAGGUCCAUCCAGAGACUGUUGACCUCUUUAGCAGCGGCGAUGGGGAAUCGAAAUUAGUCUCGGGUUGGUGAGGCCAUGUUCUAGUGUCAGGGGGCGGUGAUUAGAUCUUCUAGAGUUGCUGGUAUUUAUUUGCUUUGGGCUAUGAAACGGAAAUAUUCGU